AACAUAGCAAUUAUUAUUAUAUUAUUAAACAUGUUUUAACGAUAUUUUAUUAGUCAUGUACCCUAAAUACAAAAAAAAAGAGAGAGAAGAGAGUGAGAUCGAUACUACAGAGAUCGCCCCAUCCCUCGAGAACCAGCAUUGCAAUCAGCGCCUGCUCCGAACUCCGAAGUCCAGCACUCCAGCCUGCCCUCGCCUGCCAUUUAAUUGACGCCGCGGCGCGGCGCGGACGCGAGUGAUCAGUGAGAGAAUAUGCUCAGAGGUUUCCAAGAUGGCGAAGAAGACGCAGGCAGAAAAAACGGCGCAGAACGACGAGACCGCCAAGGGCAACGACGAUCCGAUGAACGACGAUGAGGAGCCCAAUUUCAGCGAUCCUGAGGGCUUCGUCGACGAUGUCACCGACGAAGAGUUGCUCGGUGAUAUCUUGAAGCAGAAACCUUCGGAAACAGAUGGGGUAGAAUCUGUGAUUGUUGUAGACAAUGUACCUCGAGUAGAGCCUGACAAGUUGGAGAAGCUUCAGUCUGUUAUCAAUAAAGUGUUGGGAAAAUUCGGCACGAUAGUCAAUCAGUACUAUCCCGUGAAUGAGAGCGAUGGCAAGACUAAAGGAUACAUCUUUCUAGAAUACAACAAUCAUUUAAAUGCGCUGUCCGCAGUCAAGUCCACCAACAAUUACAAGAUUGAUAAAUCUCACACAUUCAAGGUUAAUCUUUUUACUGACUUCAAAAAGUUUGAGGAUAUUCCUGAGGAUUGGGAACCGCCAAAGGCGCAGCCUUUUAAGUCUGCUAGCGACUUGCAUUAUCAUCUGCUGGAGCCAGAUGCUUAUGAUCAAUUUUGUGUUCUUUGUGGCAAUGGAGCAGGGGUGUCAGUGCAAAUUUGGCAAAACUCAGCACCAGAGCCGACUCUUCUCGAAGAACGUAAUCGCUGGACAGAAACGUACGUGAAAUGGUCACCGCUAGGUACGUAUCUGUCCACAUUCCACAAGCUGGGAGUUGCGCUGUGGGGUGGCCCUCAGUUCACCCAGCAAGCUCGAUUCAGUCAGCGUGGUGUCGAGUGCAUUGACUUCUCACCCUGCGAGCGUUACCUGGUCACCUACACUCCGCGCACAGAUCUCGGACAGGAUCAGAAGCGUCUCGUGAUCUGGGAUAUUCUAUCUAAUCAGGAAAAACGAUCAUUUUUCCCUGAUGGAUCUUCCGUCUGGCCGAUUUUUCGCUGGUCGCAUGACGAUAAAUAUCUAGCGCGUAUGGGAGAGGAUGUUCUCAGUGUCUACGAGACUCCGUCGUUCGGUUUGUUAGACAAGAAGAGCAUCAAAAUCCCAGGAAUCAGAGAUUUUAGCUGGUCCCCGACAGAUAACGUUCUUGCUUACUGGGUGCCAGAAGACAAAGAUGUCCCCGCGAGAGUAACUUUGCUCGAAAUUCCAAACCGCAAUGAAACAAGAAAUAAAAAUUUAUUCAACGUGGCUGAUUGUAAAAUCUUCUGGCAAAAAUCUGGUGACUAUCUGUGCGUGAAAGUCGAUCGCUUUGCCAAACGUAAAGAGAAGACUGAACAGAAAUACACAGGCAUGUCGUACAACUUUGAAAUCUUCCACAUGAGGGAGAAACAAAUUCCCGUGGACAGUGUGGAGAUAAAAGAGCCGAUUCACGCUUUCGCAUGGGAGCCAGUUGGCAGCAAAUUCGCCAUCAUUCACGGCGAGAUACCCACCGUGAAUGUCAGCUUCUACGAAGUGCGAUACGGCCAUCAGCCCGCUCUUCUCAAAAGGUUAGAAAAGAAGGCUUGCAAUCACCUGUUUUGGUCACCGUCGGGUCAAUUCAUCGUCCUCGCUGGCCUGACAACAAUGGCUGGUGCUCUGGAGUUCAUCGACACAAACGAUUUCACCAUUAUGAACUCCACUGAUCAUUAUCAAACCUCGGACGUGGAAUGGGAUCCGACUGGCAGAUAUGUCGUCACGGCAGUGUCCAGCUGGAAGACUAGCGUUGACAAUGGUUACUGGAUAUGGACGUUCCAGGGCCGUAUUCUAAAGAGAGUCAACCUGAACGCGUUUAAUCAACUGUUGUGGCGACCGCGGCCUCCGACUCUGCUCACCGCGGAGCAGAUUAAGGAAAUAAAGAAGAAUUUGAAGAAGUACUCGGCGCAGUUCGAGAGCAAAGACCGCAUGCGACUGACGCGUGCUUCAAAGGAAUUAAUCGAGAAACGUUGCUUGCUGAUGAAAGCAUUCGAAGAAUACCGCACGAAACGUGUCGAGGAAUGGAACAAUCAAAAGAAACGUCGUCUCGAGUUGCGUUGCAAUAUUGAUACCGAUGAGUUAGACUCAGAUUCAAAGAACGUGGAGGAAGAAGUUGUUGAAUUUUUCGUCAAAGAGGAAACAUUCGUGAUUGACGAUAAAUAAAUUCUCUUCCUCGCACAGUUCUCAAUCGCCGCGCUGGUUGCCGGUCUUGGAAAUCUCUAAGUGUGUGAAACAGCGGUCUGCAGUGUCGCGAUAUCUCGUCAUCGCAGCGAUUGUGAAUAUCGCUGCGAUUUGUUCUUAAUCCGUAAAUCAUGAGUGGCAACAGACAAUCAAUCUUUUACUAUUGUUAUUGCUACAACUAUUAUUAUUACUGCUAUCGAUACUACAGUUGUUGCCACUUGGCUUCGAUUAAAACAAUUUUUACGUGUUCGAUGCCAUACAAGAAGCGCCGGUAUCAUAGCAGUAUUGAAUUCUACCACAUACCCUACAGGAUAGCACACAAGAAAUUAAUCGCGUCACCGAUUUCACAACUUCUACCGGCAAGCUUACAAAAUAAAAUGCUAAUUUAUUACUUA